AAUUAAUGCAAAUUAAAGCUGUGAGAUUAACAAAGAAAUUACCUUUACCCUCAUCAUCGCCCCACAUUUUAAGCAUGGAUUAUUUACAAAGCCUGUAUGCCCGCAUUAUGGGUAUUAAUUUUCAAGAGAUUGGUUCUUUGGGCUUCUCAUCCAAUGACUCCAUACCACGCAAAGUUGUUGCCUUUGGCAAUGUUCUACUCGACCAGACGGCCCAUUUGACAGACACCCAAUUGUUGGAACGUUACAAAUUAUCUUUAAAUACUAGAGCAGAAUUAGAUGUGGAGACCUUAACGAAGGUGACGACCGAAGCCAUUAGCAACAAUAACAACCAACAUGAGGAUCCCCAUCUGGGCGGUUCGGCCUUAAACACAGUGCGUAUACUCAAACGUUUGGGCACUGAGCCAAUGUUUUUUGGUGCCGUCGGUGAUGAUAAACAUUCCGUAAUUGUUGAGGAUCUAUUGAAAAAGGAUGGCAUGGAUAAUAUUAAUUACAGAUUGCAAAAGGUAGCCGAUACACCUACGGGCCGUUGUAUUUGUUUGGUACACAAAGAUUCAUUGGCGUUGUACGCCAAUAUUGCAGCUUCGGCGAAAUUCUCUGAGAACUUUUUGAGAAAAAUUGAACAAGACGAGAAGGCGUUUUUCCUACGCAAUGCCGGCAAUAAACAGAUCUUCUAUAUCGAAGGCUUCUUUGUGCCGCAGCGAGAGGAGGUGGUGACCUAUGUGGUACGCAACUAUAUUCGUGGUAGACGACGUCUGGCACUGAAUCUAAGUGCUCCCUAUAUUGUCGAAACGAAUUACGAACAAAUGUUGUAUUUGGUCAAGAAUGCAUUUUUCAUAUUUGGCAACCGAGAUGAAUUUGAAACAUUCCGCAAAUGUUGGGGUGCCCAAAGUAUUGAUGAUUUAGCUCUGGAUCUGCUCAAAGAAAGUUCAACACCGAAAAUACUAAUAAUGACCAAAGGAGCUGAGGGAGUAACUCUGAUAACAAACUAUGAGGACGAAUUCUCAUCACCUGGCGAGAUACGUUUUGAGAACUUCAAUGUACCGCGUGUUGAAAAUAUUGUCGAUACGACGGGUUGUGGUGAUGCUUUUGCUGCUGCAUUCCUACAUGCCUGGUUGGAGAAACGUCCUUUGUGUGAAUGUGUUCGAAUGGCUGGUGAUGUUGCGGCCAAAGUGGCAACACAAAUUGGUUGUAAUUUACCCUAA